AUGAAUAUUCCGGGGCGCGGGAGCCCAGCGCUGCCGGAGGGCGCUCCGGGGGAGGCGGCCGCUGAUGUAAGCCCGGCGGGCCGCUGGGCUCCGCUCGGCUGCGGCGGGAGCCCCGGGACGGGCCGGCCGGGCUCGGCCAGAGGAGGCGAGGCGAGCUCGCGAGCCUCGCCGCCGCCGCCCCAGCAGCAGCCGCAGCCGGCCUCCGCCUCCUGCGAGCAGCCUUCGGCGGACACCGCUAUCAAAGUGGAGGGAGGCGCGGCCGCCGGCGACCAGAUCCUCCCCGAGGCCGAGGUGCGCCUGGGCCAGGCCGGCUUCAUGCAGCGCCAGUUCGGGGCAAUGCUCCAGCCCGGGGUCAACAAAUUCUCCCUGAGGAUGUUUGGCAGCCAGAAAGCCGUGGAGCGCGAGCAGGAGAGGGUGAAGUCGGCCGGAUUUUGGAUUAUCCACCCCUACAGCGACUUCAGAUUUUACUGGGACCUGACCAUGCUGCUGCUGAUGGUUGGAAACCUAAUCAUCAUUCCUGUGGGCAUCACCUUCUUCAAGGAUGAGAACACCACACCCUGGAUCGUCUUCAAUGUGGUGUCAGACACGUUCUUCCUCAUCGACUUGGUCCUCAACUUCCGCACGGGGAUCGUGGUGGAGGACAACACAGAGAUCAUCCUGGACCCACAGCGGAUUAAGAUGAAGUACCUUAAAAGCUGGUUUGUGGUGGAUUUCAUCUCCUCCAUCCCUGUGGACUACAUUUUCCUUAUCGUGGAGACACGCAUUGACUCCGAGGUCUAUAAGACUGCUCGGGCCUUGCGCAUUGUCCGCUUCACCAAGAUCCUCAGCCUUCUGCGCCUCUUGCGUCUCUCCCGCCUCAUUCGAUAUAUUCAUCAGUGGGAAGAGAUCUUCCACAUGACCUACGACCUGGCCAGCGCUGUGGUGCGCAUAGUGAAUCUCAUCGGCAUGAUGCUCCUGCUCUGCCACUGGGACGGCUGCCUGCAGUUCCUGGUGCCCAUGCUGCAGGACUUCCCCGACGACUGCUGGGUGUCCAUCAACAACAUGGUGAACAACUCCUGGGGAAAGCAGUAUUCCUAUGCCCUCUUCAAGGCCAUGAGCCACAUGCUUUGCAUUGGGUAUGGACGGCAGGCACCCGUGGGCAUGUCGGACGUCUGGCUCACCAUGCUCAGCAUGAUUGUGGGCGCCACCUGCUAUGCCAUGUUCAUCGGCCAUGCCACCGCCCUCAUCCAGUCCCUGGACUCCUCCCGGCGUCAGUACCAGGAAAAGUACAAGCAGGUGGAGCAGUACAUGUCCUUCCACAAGCUCCCGCCUGACACCCGACAGCGCAUCCACGACUACUAUGAGCACCGCUAUCAGGGCAAGAUGUUCGACGAGGAGAGCAUCCUGGGCGAGCUGAGUGAGCCACUGAGGGAGGAGAUCAUCAACUUUAACUGCCGGAAGCUGGUGGCCUCCAUGCCGCUGUUUGCCAAUGCAGAUCCUAACUUUGUGACAUCCAUGCUGACGAAGCUGCGCUUCGAGGUCUUCCAGCCAGGGGACUACAUCAUCCGCGAAGGCACCAUUGGCAAGAAGAUGUACUUCAUCCAGCAUGGUGUGGUCAGUGUGCUCACCAAGGGCAACAAGGAGACCAAGCUGGCAGAUGGCUCCUACUUUGGAGAGAUCUGCCUGCUGACUCGGGGCCGGCGCACAGCCAGUGUGAGGGCUGACACCUACUGCCGCCUCUACUCACUGAGCGUGGACAACUUCAACGAGGUGCUGGAGGAGUACCCCAUGAUGCGGCGGGCCUUCGAGACAGUGGCCCUGGACCGCUUGGACCGCAUUGGCAAGAAGAACUCCAUCCUCCUCCACAAAGUCCAGCACGACCUCAACUCAGGCGUCUUCAACUACCAGGAGAAUGAGAUCAUCCAGCAGAUCGUGCAGCACGACCGCGAGAUGGCCCACUGCGCUCACCGAGUCCAGGCCGCCGCCUCGGCCACCCCGACCCCCACGCCGGUCAUCUGGACCCCGCUGAUCCAGGCGCCUCUGCAGGCCGCCGCGGCCACCACCUCGGUGGCCAUCGCGCUCACCCACCACCCGCGCCUGCCCGCUGCCAUCUUCCGCCCUCCUCCCGGCCCCCUCGGGGCGGGGCAGACGCCCAGGCACCUGAAGCGGCUGCAGUCCCUGAUCCCGUCGGCGCUGGGCUCCGCCUCGCCCGCCAGCAGCCCGUCGCAGGUGGACACGCCGUCCUCCUCCUCGUUCCACAUCCAGCAGCUGGCCGGAUUCUCCGCGCCCGCCGGGCUGAGUCCCCUCCUGCCCUCGUCCAGCUCUUCCCCGCCCCCCGGGCUCGGCGGCUCCUCGCCGGCUCCCACGCCGUCCGCCUCCGCGGCCGCCCCUACCGCCACCGCCGCCGGCUUCGGGCACUUCCAUAAGGCGCUGGGCGGCUCCCUGUCCUCGUCCGACUCUCCGCUGCUCACCCCGCUGCAGCCCGGCGCCCGCUCGCCGCAGGCCAACCAGCCGCCGCCGCCGCCGCUGCCGGGGGCCCGGGGCGGCCUGGGACUCCUGGAGCACUUCCUGCCGCCCCCGCCCUCCUCCAGGUCCCCGUCGUCCAGCCCCGGGCAGCUGGGCCAGCCCCCCGGGGAGCUGUCCCCAGGUCUGGCCGCCGGCCCACCAAGUACACCAGAGACGCCCCCGCGGCAACCGGAGCGGCCGUGCUUCGUGGCCGGGGCCUCCGGGGGCGCUUCUCCGGUAGCCUUUACCCCUCGUGGAGGUCUCAGCCCCCCGGGCCACAGCCCAGGCCCCCCGAGAACUUUCCCAAGUGCCCCGCCUCGGGCCUCGGGCUCCCACGGUUCCUUGCUCCUGCCGCCCGCAUCCAGCCCCCCGGCCCCCCAGGUCCCCCAGCGCCGGGGCACGCCACCGCUCACCCCAGGCCGCCUCACCCAGGACCUCAAGCUCAUCUCCGCCUCUCAGCCGGCCCUGCCCCAGGACGGGGCGCAGACUCUCCGCAGAGCCUCUCCACACUCCUCCGGGGAGUCCAUGGCUGCCUUCCCGCUGGUCCCCAGAGCUGGCGGCGCCAGCGGGGGCAGUGGGGGCCUCGGUCCUCCGGGGAGGCCCUAUGGUGCCGUCCCCGGCCAGCAUGUCACCCUGCCUCGGAAGACAUCCUCAGGUUCUUUGCCACCCCCUCUUUCUUUGUUUGGGGCAAGAGCCGCCUCUCCUGGGGGCCACCCUCUGACUGCUGCCCCCCAGAGGGAACCUGGGGCCAGGUCCGAGCCGGUGCGCUCCAAACUGCCGUCCAAUCUAUGAGCUGGGGCCCCUCCUUCCCUCUUCUCUCCUUUUUUCUCCCUUCUUUCUUCCUUCAGGUUUAACUGUGAUUAGGAGAUAUACCAAUAACAAUAAUACUUAUCAUUAAAAAAAAAAACCCACACCAGAAAAACAAGACAGCAGAAAAUAACCAGGUAUUCUUAGAGCUAUAGA